UUUGAGCAUUUUCUUCUCUCUAUCUCUUCACGCACACUUUCUCACUCUUCACGCUUUCUCUCUUUUGCUUCGAACUUGUGAAGAAUUUGCUGUUCUGUUAAAGCUCCGAGCAAUAUCAUGGUGAAAGCAGACAUUAUUCGUAGUGCUCUAGGAAUUAUUGGCAAUGUCACUUCAUUUUUGUUGUUCGCCUCCCCUGCGCCUACAAUUAGGAGAAUCCUAAAGAACAAGUCUGUUGAAGAAUUCAAAUAUCAUACAAUUGUGGCUGGUUUAAUCAACUGCGCUAUGUGGGUGUUUUACUCUAUGCCGUUUGUUCAUCCACAUAGCAUUCUGGUCACCACUAUCAACAGUAUUGGCUUUUUUAUGUAUAUAAUCUACAACAUCAUAUACUUGCUUUACUCUGACAACAAGAAAAGGAAGCAUAUUGUUUUGUAUUAUCUUGGUGAAAUUUUGCUUAUGGCUAUGUUGAUAUGCAUAACAAUGCUAGUAUUCUACACUCAUGCAACAAGGACUAGGUUUGUUGGGAUCUUUUGUGACGUGUUUGGAAUUAUCCUCUAUGGCUCUCCUCUUACUAUUAUGUACAAAGUAAUAAAAACUAAGAGCGUCAAAUUCAUGCCACUAUCACUUUCCUUGGCUGGUUUUGCAAAUGGAGUCAUAUGGAGUGCAUACGCCUUAAUCAGAUUUGAUAUCUACAUUUUGAUUGGCAAUGGAGUAGGAGCCAUUCUUGGGGCGAUCCAACUUAUUUUGUACGCUUGGUACUACAAAUCUACAUCAAAGGAUGAAGUUAAUGAAACCCAACUACAAUCCUCAAGAACCUCAACCAUUGUUAAUAUCACUGCAGUUUAGGAUCAUACAAUAAUGAUCAAGCUUCCCUGCACAUCUGUUCUAUAUACGUACAUCAAAGGAUGAAGCUAAUGAUUUUGUUAAACAAUAACAUGCACCAUAACCCUAAUUCCAAAAUAAAGUUUUGUUAGAUUUCCUAAAGCGGUUUUUUGGGGGGAUCUAUGUUAAUGUGAUGAACUGAUUAUAGCUUAAUUUCUAAA